GUGGGUCUUCGCUGGUCCCCGGGUGUGCUUCGGCCGUCAGUGAGCGGUGGAGAGAGACCCCAGACUUUCACCCUUUUCCCGGACACGGGGUGCAUCCUCGAUUUCCUCUCACUUUCUAGCGGAGUUUGGGGUGGCAUUUCCAGCUUGACAGGGUACGGAUGGAUUCGGGGCGCCCCGAGGAGCUGUGGGAGGCUGUGGUGGGGGCCGCCGAGCGCUUCCGGACCCGGACGGGCACGGAGCUAGUGCUGCUGACCGCCGCGCCACCCCCGCCGCCCCGCCCGGGCCCUUGCGCCUAUGCAGCCCACGGCCGUGGGGCUCUGGCCGAGGCCGCCCGCCACUGCCUCCAGGACAUCGCCCUGGCCCACAGGGCUGCCACCACUUUCCGGCCCCCUGGGCCCCCACCAGCACCCCAGCCACCGAGCCCUGUAGGGAGCCCGCCCCAGCCCACCCUGCCCAGGGAGGAGGACAAGGAGGACGAAGAUGAGCCGACAGACACGGAGACCUCUGGGGAGCGGCUGGGCGUCAGUGAUAACGGAGGGCUCUUUGUGAUGGAUGAGGACGCCACGCUCCAGAACCUGCCUCCGUUCUGCGAGUCAGACCCUGAGAGCACGGACGAUGGCAGCCUGAGCGAGGAGACCCCCACUGGCCCUACGGCAUUCUCAGUGCCCCCGGCCUCAGCCCUGCCCACCCAGCAGUACGCCAAGUCCCUGCCUGUGUCUGUGCCCAUCUGGCCCUUCAAGGAGAAGAGGACAGAAGCACGGUCAUCAGAUGAGGAGAAUGGGCCGCCCUCUUCCCCGGACCUGGACCGCAUCGCGGCUAGCAUGCGCGCUCUGGUGCUGCGGGAGGCUGAGGACACCCAGGUCUUCGGGGACCUGCCACGACCGCGACUCAACACCAGCGACUUCCAGAAGCUGAAAAGGAAAUACUGAGGUGCAGGGAGAGAGUCUCCCAGCCAGGCCCGCCCGGCAUCCGCCCCGGUCUACACUACACCCCUGCCCCGCCCCCAGGGACCGCCAAUCGGAGUCAGAUCUGGGACCGGCCUCCAGGGUUUCCCCCCACCCCACCCCCGGACCCCGCCCCUUCUCUGUCAAGGAGGGGGACCUAUCCAGUUUCCCGAUAGGGUCUGUAGCCUCUUUUCUGCCUAGCGACAGACUCUUUCUAUUAAGGGACUGGCUCUCUCCAAACGGCGUGGCUAGUUUUAAGCACUAACUGCGGCGACUCGCAUCGUUUUCUGCCUAGUGACAAGGGCUUUGCUCCCAUGGCAUUGGCUCCAUCCCUGGAAGAGCACAACCAAGCCCCAGGGUUGGUUGCGGCUCUCCACUGGUAAAUGGGUGGCUUCCUUUGAUUGGUUCGAACCCUGAAGGUCUUGACCAAUCUCUUAAGAGUCACCAUCGCCCUGCCUGAAUUCUCCUACCUGAUUGGAUCCAGCCUUCCGGGGGUGUGGCCAAGCCCCCCUCCUGUGCCCAGGAUUGGCCUGUGGCCUUAGAUUUACGUUCCGUACACUACUGGGGCUGAUGUCGAUUUUACUAAAUCGUGACAACUGUUCUCUUUGGCCCCCUCCUCAGGGAUGGCCCGAUCCUGCCCCUGUGUCUACACACUCACUGGUUCCAUCCCAUAACAGCCUGCCAAUCGAAGCCCGUCCUUGUAUACAAGACAUUACCAUCUCCCACCCCUCUCUCCUCCCCCACAGGUGCCUUAAAGGGCCCUCGUCCACCCAAGGUGGGGGGCAGGGACCAUCACUCUCCGGCCCUGAUGUUGGGGGGAGAGUGGAGGGUGGGGAUCGUGAGUUGGGAGGGGCGCUGUGAGAUUAAAGAUUUUACCUCUGUCAAAUGA